AAGGGGGAGGCGGCGGUGGCGCGGGGCGGCCGCGGCCAUGAGCUGCUCGGACGUGGCCAUGCAGCAGCCCGCCCCGGCGGCGUGCGGGGCACCCCGCUAUCUGGCCGGCGCCGCGUCCGCGGCGGGCUGCCCGCAGAAGAAGUUAGCUGUAUACAACAAGAUGCAGGAGUCUCUGGAAGUGACCCUUCCCAGCAAGCAAGAGGAGGAUGAGAAAGACCAGCCUGCCGAGAUGGAGUACCUUAACUCUCGCUGCGUCCUUUUCACUUACUUCCAGGGAGACAUUGGUUCAGUAGUGGAUGAACACUUCUCAAGAGCUUUGAGCCAAGCCAGUAGCUUCAAUCCAGAAACUGCCCUUACCAAGAGCAAGGCAGGGCUAAGUCCUCUGUGGAGAGAAAGCUCAACAAUUGCAAGCCAAAGGAGCAGUUUCCCAGCUUCAUUUUGGACCGGCUCUUAUCAGCCUCCCCCUCCACCAUGCUUAAGUGGAGUACACCCCGAUUUCCCCGUUACUGCACCAGGCACCUUCCCAACACCAGACCCCAGCAGCUGGCCAGGACACGGCCUUCAUCAGACUGCCCCACCUCCUCCCCCUGCUGCAUCUGAAUCCUGGCAUUAUCCUUUAGCAUCUCAGGUGAGCCCUUCAUAUGCACACAUGCAUGACGUGUACAUGCAUCGCCAUCACCCUCAUCCACACAUGCACCAUCACCAUCCCAGCUCACACCGCGAUCCCCGGUACGGGUCCCUGCUGAUGCCUUCAGUCCGCGCAGCCAGGAUUCCUGCUCCCCAGUGUGACGUGACAAAGACAGAUCCCGCUGCUGUCACCAGCACUACCUCAGCAUGGGCUGGAGCCUUUCAUGGAACGGUGGACAUUGUGCCAAGUUUUGGGUUUGACACAGGUCUACAGCAUCAGGACAAGAGCAAGGAAACUUCUUGGUUCUGAAGUUCAGAUAAAUUAAGACCAGCUAGAGGCUGGAGUCAGCGCAGCUGGGCGGGCGAUAUAACAGUUGUUGACUCCUUCUGCAUGGGGCAAAGGACACACAUGAAGAUGAAGAGCCAACCAUUCUGGUUUUGCUAUUGAGCCUUUUGUUUGUAAGGCCAUUUAUGGGUCCCACAGUGUUGGAAAAAAACAAAAACUUAACUUUUCUUUCUUUCCUCAUGUGAGCCUGCUGCAGCUGGGCAACCUAACUCCUUUCUGCUCCUUUAACAGUGUUUUGUUUUGUUCAGCUUGAUAUUUUUAUGAACAGUCUCAAUUGUCAGGAAAAAGACUCUCCCUUGACUACAGUGCGCCUCCUUUCAGGAAUACAGUAUUUUGUAGCUCUCUGUGCAUCUAUUUUUGUAGAAAUACAGAAAGUUUGGGUAAGGAUUGAUGGGCUAUUUUAGGAUGACAUAUUUUUUUUUUAAAAAAUUGUAAAAUUGUUAAGUUCUGUUUAAAGAACUUGCUCUCAGAGAAGCACUGGCAAAAAAAUGUAUAAAAUGCUAUUUUUAGAUGUC